AUUGUAUGAGUUAGUAUGAAUCGUAUGAUAACAGGUACUGAACACGUAAUGGAACUGUAUUGGAAGAUACACGCGCUGCGCAGGCACCCUGCGGUGCCAUGUUCUUCAGUUGUUCUCGUUCUCUCUCACACAAUUCAUUCUGCAGAAAGAAAACAAACAACAGCCAAACCGGAUCGACUCGGCGAUGAUGCCACCGGAGAGUGCAAAAGGAGUGGGAACAACAGCUUCUCAAUGAGCGAAAAACGAAUAGGAAAACAGCGGCGUUACAUGCGGCUGUCGACUUCGCCUGUGCCGAGGUCCUUGCCGCUGGCGAGUCUGCUCGGAUUGGUCUUGCUGUUGCUGUCGGUGCCCUGGUUUCUCGCAACCGAUGGCGUGAGUUCCUUCCCCAAUCCAACAACACACACGGCCUCUCCUGGAUCUCCCCGCGCUUCUCGUGUUGGUAGAUGCCUUCGGGCCUCGUUCUUUGACAACGAAAGCGACUCGAGUCGGGGAGGAGGCACGGGCAACAGCGAAGACGACCUGAAUUUGCUGAAAGAGAUUCGGGAACGACAGCUUCGAGACGCCGUUAUAGAAGAUUUGUUCCUCUCGCAGGGCGUCCGACCCACCAACACCCAGUCCCCGUCGUCUUUCGUUUCGUUGUCGCUGGUAGGGCAAGGAAAAUUGCCACUGGCUGCGAGCAUGCCCAGCUACGAUGACAAGGAGGCGGAGAAAAAGGACGAUCGCAACGAAAAGGGCAGAAGAAAAACAUCGUUUGCGUCGGUGCUUGUUCUGGCUCCGAGGAACGACAAUGAUUUUCCCCUCGACAAGAACAAUCUCGGUAGUGACGAAGAUAGUAUUAGUAUUCGCCAACCUCUCCCGGCCCUGUUUCUUCCGCUCACAGCGCCGAUCGAGUCGAGAUUGCAACUCCUGUCCAAAGUUUACGAGGGGAAACCGGUCUCGUCCUUGACGAGCCUGAUACUCUGGAAUCUCAAUCUGAUCAACCGCGACGGAUCGCUCUUCGACAACAUCCCAUGGAAUCAAUGGACCAAAGAUCCAGACGGCAAGAACAGAGACCCAGCGGGGAAUUUUGUGGACGAAAAGUCCCGGUACGGGAAACGCGAUGCUUUCAAUCGUUUCAUUGGGAAAGAUUCAAACUCGAAAACCAUAUCCGAGAGCCAGCGGAGGUACUGGGAAAAGAAACUAUCGACGCUUCUCGGAGAGAAGAACAAUGAUGGUGACGGUGCAAUUGAUCAGAACGUGACAGACGAGGUGGAAGAUUCGGAUUCCUCGUUUUCGCUCUCGUUCUUGUCCAAACGGGUAUUGGAGCUUCGGAUACGAGAGAUACGCAUGGAGAUCGCCGAAGUGGAUUCGCAGCUUGCGGUAUCCCGGAAUAACGACAUCAGUACGAGCAACCUACAGGAACUCGAAGACACAAGAGUUGAAUUGCAACAGACUCUUCACGAAGCAGAGAGAAACUUGAGCGAUCUCUUGUCUUCUAUGUCGUCCACGUCCUUAUCCGAUACGGAAGCCACAGACGACCGGAUCAAUCUUUUCGACAGAAUAGCCAGGUUUGCUCUCGACAUCAGCAUGCCUUUUAGAACGGAACAAAAGGAGGCCCCCUACCGUGGUGCCACGGGCUAUGCCCCCCGUCUUAGCGAUACAGAAGACGACAGCGAUGUCGAAUUCUACAGAAGCCCCUACGACUUGCUCAACGAGAUUCUGAGCGAUCAACUCAACGCAGAGGUCAUUGGGUGCGUACUGGAAAACACCAGCUGGUUGGGCGGAAAUCUAGCCCUGGAGGGAGCCGUCGUUCUGCGGAGGAGAACUCCCGUCGUUGAAUCGACUUUGAUGGGAGAAACCAUCCGAGCCCCUGAUCGAGACGAAGACUUUGGAAAUUCCGUCAAGGGCGGAGAGAUUUUUGUAGUCGAAUGCGACGGUGACGAGGCGAUUGGUAUGGCUCUAUCGUGCAAUCUCCCCGUCAAGAUCGAACGGACCAUCUUUGAAAGGUCUUCGAUCGCGGGAGUCCCGUCGCAACCAACAGCGGGCUCCGACCAAAAAGAUGCCAACGGCAAUGCUCCGAAAAGCAAAAAGUUCGGCACUUACAAGAACAUAAAGGAAAACAUUCCAUACUGGAAACCGAUGGAUGCAGGAAUAUCACUCCAUGUAGAGGGCGACAGGACCAAUCGAGACGCAGAAAGACUUUCGCCACUUUCCAUUCCCAGGACUACAUCCUCGUUGUUCGAUAGUAUAUUUGAACCAGAAUCAAAUCAGGGAGAGGACAAGACGCCCUCUUCGAUGUUUCCAACUGACAACCCCAUAAAAUCAAUAGAUCAAUUGGAUCGUCUCAAAGAUGGAGACAAGGCCAAGACGCUUUUAGAAAUGAGCAAUUUUUCGGGUAGGCUUCCGAGGCCACGAACGGUCAGAAACGCGCCAGCCGAUGAGAACCCGUUGGACAACCUCUUGUUGCCACUCAUCGACGAGGCGGUACGAAGUGAGUACAAAAUCAGGGAAGCAGAGCGGCAAGGUGAUCUGGAUCUUGCAAACGAACUCAAGGCCAAUAAAAGCGAGCUGCAAAAGGCCAGAGAAAAGGUAGACGCAGCAAGGAGGGACGGAAAGGAGGAUCUGGCUCGGGCACUGGAAGACGAGACUGCGUUCUUAGAAGCACUCAAGGCCGACGUCACGCAAGACGAUGGCGCAUAUAGCAGAUUCUUGGACCGAGAUGAUUGGUACGAACGAGAUCGACAAAAAACGGCAGCUCGCGUCAAAAAAUCCUCUUUCGGAAAUUUACUAGAUGGGAUAGAAUGAGUAUGACGUAUGUGUAGAUAAUCGACACAUACUCC